AUGGAAGGACCAGCAGAUCUAAAUCACAUCCUCAAGGGACUCCUGCCCUCGAAGGUCUAUGAUGACGUUGUCGGUCAACAAGAGCUAGACGUCGAUAAGCUAAAGUCGCUUGUGGAACAAACAAUUCAGAAACACGCUGCGUUAUUAACUGAGACUAUCAAAUCCAAGCUGCUCCUGCUGGUUGAGCUAGUCAAUGAGCUCAAUCUACCUCCAAAUCUAUGCAGCGAAGUCAUUCUCCAUUCUCACUAUUUGGACAUCCAAGCCGUCAUCACUCAUUUCUGGGCGAUCUGGUCUGGCAACCCAGAGCGACGAGCUGAUGCCAUUAGGAUGUUUGAAGCCAAGCCGGCAAUCAUCAUUAAGAAUCUGGUUGCCCAGGAUCACUUUGGCCUCUCUCCGACGGUGCAACAAGAUGUAAUACAAAUCUUUGCCAACCUUGGGCCUGCUUUCAACAUUUUGAAGGAUCCCUUGCCACCCAAUCAUAAAGCAAUCGCCUGGUUAGACAAGCUCGAGGAUCCGAGGCGUAAGCAAGCGGCACUCGCCUUCGUCGCAUCGGUUCAACAGCUAUGCAGGGUCAUCAUUGAGCCCAUGGACUUGCCGGCCCUCAUCUCUCUUGGCUUUUCGUCCGUCGAAGAGACUGCUUAUACUCCUCUUGAAACUUUCGAGGUACUUGUGGCGCCCUAUGGCAUCUCCUUAGACCAUGCGCGACGCAUUCACGGAGAGGCUACAUCCGCCCAAAUGAGAAUGGAACAAUCCAUGAUGGCUUUGCUCCAGAGCUCUAACGACUUUCCUCCUUCGAAGCUCUACGGCAAAAUCAACGCCAGCAAUAAAUCAGAUACUUCAGACACUCGUGAUACCAAUUUGUCCAAGUGGUUCGGGGACCUCGACCAAGUUGGCUGCGAAGACUGCUGUUCCGUCACCAGUCCCGCAGCCUAUCUUGUAGACCUUUUCCGUAUGCUGAAGAAUCUCCGCAUUCAGUCCACGUCAAAGACCACCAUAUUGGAAAAGCUGUUUGAACGCAGACCUGAUUUGGGUGAUCUGUUGUUGUCUUGUCGAAAUACAUCUGAGCUGGUGCCAUACAUCGAUUUGGUAAACGAGACCCUCGAAUCCGCCAUAAUUUACCUGGAAGCCAAUGAUGGUCUCGAUAGUCUUCAAAUCCAAGUCUACAAUGCAGACUCGCACAACCACAUCCAGGAAGCCGCUCAAUUUCCACAUGAUGCGAGCAACACGCGAUAUGAAGUUUACGACAAAUUCAUCAUCAACAAGGUGCACCCAUCGACAGUGUUCCCGUAUGAUCACUCUAAAGACAGCCUCCAAAAUUACUUGAAGGCGAGCAGUACGACGUCCGCUGAGCUUCUCGAAGCCUUUCGUGCCGACCCUCGUCUGGCACGAGACUCCACACUCACCAGGCUGCUGAGCGACAAGGGGGCUGUAGACACGGUGUACAGUAGAGUGUAUGCGGCGGAAGUCCUUGGAAUGGCGCAAGACGACUACCUCGCCAUAACUCUCGAGUCGUUUUACGAUCUUCGUAGCGCUCGUUUGGUAGAAAACAAUGCAAACAUAUCUCAGGAACUAUAUCAGAAGAACGCCGGUCUUCUGCCAUCUUGGUAUUAUUGGGGAUACGAAGACAAAAAUCCCGAAGAGGGCGACGGAGAGGAGACCAUUAUAGACGCCGAGAAUGGGGACGGACUGCCGUUUAUCAAAACUCAACUCUUACCACGACUCGAUAUCCAAUUCUCGACUUUGGCUCAGAUAUUGAAUACUCGGUUUCUGGAUGGAUGUCUCACUGUAUCGCUCGUACCUGAAGGCGCAGAAUUCAAUCCGCAGAGAAAUGUGCCAAGCGAGUUGGACGAAUUUAGAUUGAGAGGAAAAGACGGCGAAUCUUUGGAUGUCUAUAGCUGCCAGAGGUUGGAUCAAUUUGUUCGCAUAUGGAGGCGGCUUGGUUGGCCAAUCGAGGAUGUUGAUGAUGCCCUUUUCGUAUUUGGAGACUUUGUCACCAGUGAUGAAGGUUUCGGAGGGAAAAUGUUGACCAUAACACCGGACACGAUUGAACAGUUGGCUGCUAUUUCAGAGAUUUCACGGCUGACAAAGAGCAAGCCCCCAGUGAUCGUCUCUCUCUUUUCCCAAUCAUCUCAGUACUUUCUACGAUUACCAAUCAUCCAGACGAUACGGCUUCAGGGGGAUCAGACUAUAAGCGUUGAGGAGAAGAAGCUCCCAGCAGAGCAAUAUCUACCGCUCUUGUUGUCCUCUCUUAACAUAUCUUACGAUGAUUUCGUGCAAUUCCAAGACCAGGAGCAGCUGGGUGAUGAGUUGUCGAUGGUGGCUGUCUUCAAACACAACCGACUGGCAGAAGCCGCGAGAAUGUUUUCGGUCGACGCUGAGCAAAUCUCCAAGUUACUUGCCAUCUUUUCUAAACAAAAUCCAUCACUUUCAACGCCAAAGACAUUCCUCAAAGCCCUUAAAACCUGGAGGCUUCUGCAAGAAGAUGGAUGGGAGGCAUCUAAUCUCAUUUCUGUGUCUAUGCGACUCGGUGUUCAGGUGAAUGAGGCCGUGGAUACGUCAACUACGAAAUUAAUUGGCGCAUUUAUGGGCUCUAUUAAGAGCGCUGAGAAGGUCUUAUCGUUAAAUCAACCACAAAACUCCUCUAAUUCACCAAGCACUGAGUCGCCGGUCCCGACGCAGUCUUCUACUGCUGUUGUCGAUCAAUCCAUCUUUAAUGCUAUUAGCAGUUUUUUCUCAAAAACGCCCACAGAGAUUAUCAAAACUUUGCUGAAAAAAUCUUUCCCAGACGGGAGACCAACGCUGAAUAGCCAAAUACUAUCCGCGACGACAAAGUCUCCUGGUGUCGAUUACGAAGCUGUCAAUUUUACUGGCGCACUGUUCUUUGCCGAAGAUGUAAUCAUACAUGUGGAGACGGCCUUGAAGACGGAAACAGACACAAGUUUCAGCGUAGGAGAGACCACGUACGUGUUGACCAAGAAUGUGAAUGGCGACCGGAACUCUAGUUUAUACGAGUGUAACAUUGGCGUCUCGGCAGGUACUGCGGUAUAUCUUUCGUGGCCGUCUAAUUUCAGCAACACUCAAAUAACACUACAAAAUCCCGAUGGAACACCUUUUGCAGCAACAGAAGUCCACCCGAUAUCGACGAACGUGGUGCUUGAAGUACAGCAUGCCAUCGGCCAGAUUGGUCAAUACGGCCUACUUGUUGAACACUAUCCCGUGAACGCCUCAGAGUUGGAGGUUCUGCUGGAUUCUGGUAUCAAUUAUCAAGGUUUCGAUAUUGUGAAUGAUUUGCAUAGCUAUAUCUUAGCCCGCAGGGCUCUUAUGAAGACGGGCAAAGAGGUAGAUUUUGCAAGGUUCACACAGCGCUUUUUAGGCUACCAAGUUCCCUCCUCAGAUCUUGUUCUCCAAUUCAGCCAAGUGACCGUUCUCAGCAAGUCAAUGGCUGAGAAGCUCCUGAUGAACAAUCUCUCAGAGGGUGGAGCGCGGAGCUCGGAUUUGCGCCUCGAGGCUCUCCGUAAAAUCGGCCAACAAUUUCAACUAAUGGCUCGAAUGGGACUGGGAGAAGAUUCGCUCGAGCUAUUAUUUACGUGUGCUGAGCCGCCCCCAUUCGGAACUAAAAAAGAUUCGACUGAUAGGAGCCAACGCCCCGUAACAAGGCUGGUCCAGCGUCUGCAAGCCGCUCUGGCCAAGAGAGGGAUGAAGAACACUCUGAAGAAUGCUCAGAACGUUCUCCGAGAAAAUCGACGCAAAGCUCUUAUCCAAUAUCUCCUUCAAAAUGAUGACAUAAAAUAUAAUAAAGGCGUAACUGAUGCGGAUGGCCUCUUUCAUCUUUUUCUAAUAGACGUUCAGAUGGGUUCUAGUCUCGAAACAACACGAAUUAAGCAGGCUAUCUCUACCGUGCAAUUUUUCGUACAUCGGUGCCUGUUGGGCCUUGAAGAGGACAUUGACGGGACUCUUAUACCACAAGAUCGAUGGGCUUGGAUGUCGAGAUAUAAUCUUUGGGAGGCGAACAGAAAGGUGUUUCUUUACCCUGAGAACUGGGCCGAUCCUGCACUACGAGACAGUAAAACGCUACUUUUUUGCGCGCUUGAAGACGAUAUCAUGAAAUCCAAUUUGGAUGAAAGAUCCAUCACCAACAUCAUCCGGACUUACAUCUGUUCCAUGGACGACAUCGCCAAUCUGCAGGUCCAAUCUUUUUAUUGGGACAAGUCGCAUGAUCCGAAGAUCAAAGAGACCGGAGUCUUCCACAUUGUCUCGAGAACCCGAAACGCGCCCUAUCAGUAUUACUACAGGCAACUUGAAUAUCUUGCGAAAGGCUCAUUGCCAGCUCCGCUCUGGUCCCCUUGGGAGAAGCUGCCGUUUGACGUGAGGGCCCACGAUGUCGACCACGACGGCAAGGCUCUCGCGCACACAGGAUCUUACGUCGUUCCAGCCUUUUGGCAAAAUCGACUGAUAAUCUUCCUCCCUCGCAUUUCCGUAAUUGCAGUGCCUAAUGAUAAGCCAUCCACCACAGUAACUCUCUCAUCAAGGGGAUCAUCUAGUGAUAGCGAGCAAGAGAUUAAGGUUGGCGGUGGUGGUGGUUCUUCCGACGCCCAGCUGAGACUGGAGAUCAAAAUGGCCUGGUCAGAACGGGUUGACGGCGUGUGGGUAGCUCAGAAGCAGAGCCAAGACACACUCACGGCACCAAGCGGCCGGACGCCACCUACCUUUGACUCCUUCAGAUUCAGCAUUUACCAGACUGACGAGAAUUUGUCGGUGUUGCUUUAUCAGGCUGAUAGCUCGUCGGAACCUAAUUACCUAGGGCAAUUCAGGCUUCACGGACCAAGGCUGUCAUUCAUCUCCGGAGACGGGAAACGGCUGUAUACCGAAUCCAACGCCCCAAGAACCCUCUUUGGGCAACUUCGCGUCGAUUCCGGGGAAUAUUACAAGGCAGAUAACUGGUCCUCGAUAUCGCAACCCCCAGUGGAAAGUAGCCGCUUAUCCACUGUUAGCUGGGUUCUUGAUAGUCGGUCAGACUCUACUCAGCCCUUGGGCUUGGUUGCCGACCUUUCUGUCAAGGACGGGCGAGGUCAUGAACCAUGGUUUACUCUACCUACUGCCCUUUUUGGGAACUCCAAAAAGGGUAACGAUACAUAUGCCUAUCAACUAUUCAACCCGCUCAGCGAUAAGCUGCGGGCAGCCGUUACAAAUGAUGAUGGUGUUGAUGCUAUCUAUCGGGUCAUGGAUAAGUCGACUAUAAGUAGCAGAAUUGUGUCUCCAGAAGACCAGAAUAUGAAUCACGCCUUUGGUAGCACCAACCAACUAAUGCUUUGCCGGGAAGAUGCAACGCCGUACUCUAUUUAUAACUGGGAGAUUGGAUUUCAUUUAGUGGCACUGCUUGUGGAGCGCUUGAUUGGUUUGCAGGCAUUCGACUUGGCAAUCAAAUACGCACACUUGGUAUUUGAUCCAACAGGGGCAGACGGGCCUAAGCCUACCCAUCCUACAUGGAGAUUUCCACCAUUCAGAGACGAUGCAACGUUAGAAUACGGCAAGCUCGGUGCCAUCAUUGAUAAACUGAGGCCAAGUUCGGGAGAUGAAGACCAUAUGUUUGCGCCCAUCUUGGCUUGGAGACGCAACCCUUUCAACCCGCAUACAGUGGCUCGUGGGCGACCUCUUUCAUACAUGAAGAGGUUCGCGAUUAAAUACAUGGAAGCGCUAAUCUCAAGCGGCGAUGUCUACUUCCGACAGAAUUCUUUAGAAACGAUUCAUUUUGCCAUUGAGCGCUACAUCGAAGCGUCUCAUGUGUUUGGGCCGCGGCCUCAGACUGUUCCCAAAUUAGGGAAACAGCAGUUUAAGAGCUACAACGACCUCAGUAGCCAGCUGGAUGACUUUUCCAACGCUUCUGUUAAGCUGGAACUCUCGUCCCCGUAUUACGUUCCGUUACAGGAACGAGGGACCUCAGAAGGGAACGGUUCGGGCGCUCUCCAAAGCUUCCUGCUAACUCCCUAUUUUGGCGUGCAAGCGAAUCCGGAAUUCAUGGAGCUUCGCAGUAAGAUUGAUAAGCGUCUAUAUCAGAUUAGAAACUCGCUGGAUAUCAACGGCAAUCCUCGAACUCUCAGUCUUUACGAUCCACCAGUGGACGUCGGGGACUUGGUAACCGCAUUCGCUUCCGGAUCACAGAGCGAUAUUGCGUCAGUUAUUUCCGGCUUCCCAAAGGUGAUGCCUAGGCAGCGGUUCAUGUACUUGAUCCAGAAAGCGUAUGAGCUCUGCUCGGAAUUGAAGACUACAAGCGCAACAUUGCUCUCCGCGAUCGAAAAGGGAGAUGUGGAGGCACUGCAACUCUUGCACUCAAAUCAAGAUACCGGCAUGCAACGGAUCUUGAUGGAAAUCAAGCUCAAGCAAAAAGCAGAAGCUCAGGCUGGCCUCGAUCAGCUUAUAGAGAGUAGACGGUCGGCUGUUGUUCGAUUUAAAUACUACGCGGCAUUGACCGGAGAUAAAGUGCCGUUGCCAACAACUUCGACAGACUUUGAAGAAGUGCAGCAGAACAUUCCUGUUCCAAUCGACCAAGACCUACGUCUGUCCCAGCAUGAGAAGUUAGAAUUGGCCUUUGCAGACUCAUCUUCUUCCCUCAACAGUAGUGCCGCUUUACUCGACGAGAUUGCCGCCGCAUUUCUUUGCGUGCCAAUGCCGGCUCUCAAUGGACAGCCAAUGGGCAUGGGCGUAACGAUCCAAAUCCCAAAUCCUGGUCAAUUCAUGCAGAUUGGCGCAACUAUCAUGCGUGCGAAUGCUCUCGAGGCAGCAGAGGACAGUCAGAGAGCCUCACGGAUAGCCAUGUGGACGCGCCAGCUCCAGGAGCGGCGUCUGCAGUUGAACCUCGCAGGUCGUGACAUCAAGAACAUCGACAAGCAGAUGGAAGUUCAGACGGCUAGGAUUGCCGUUAUUGAUAAGGAUAUAGAGUCUCAGAAGCAGACAGCCGAGAAUCUACUCAAGAUCCAGGAUUUCCUCUGCACCAAAUUCAGCAACAAAGAGCUAUACUCAUGGUACGAGAGUACGACGAGGAAUUACCUGUAUCAGACUUAUCUGGUUACCAUGGAGCUAGUGCGAAAAGCUGAGAUUGCCUAUCUUUUCGAGCAAGGCCCUAACGCCCGCUCGACUCUGUCUAACAAGGGAUACUGGGAUCAGGGAAAACGGGGACUGCAGUGCGGCGAGCAACUUUGGUUCGCACUCAAGCAGAUGGAACUAUCAUACCUAAAUGAGGUCCGCCACGAUUUUGAGAUUACCAAGAGUAUCUCUCUCCGCCAGUUGGACCCAGUUGCUUUGCUCAACCUUCGUGAACUGGGUGAAACAAAAUUUGACCUACCCGAGGUCCUAUUCGAUUUGGACUUCCCCGGCCACUACUUCAGACGCAUCAAAUCUGUCUCUCUCUCCUUCCCCUGUAUAACCGGCCCGUAUGUAGGAAUCAAUUGCACAGUGACGCUUCUACAGCACCAGUAUCGAGCAAGCGACUCGACAGAUCCAUCAUAUCUAGCGACUGAAAGAGAUACCAGAUUUGCACAUGAGGAGAUCCAAACUCCCAUCCGAUCAGUAUGUAUCAGCUCAGGAAACAAUGAUGCUGGAGUCUUUGAGCCGCUGGAUUUCCACGGCGACCGGUACCAGCCAUUUGAGGGGGCAGGUGUCAUCAGUAGCUGGAGUCUUCGCCUGCCCAAGGAGUACCGGGCAUUUGACUAUCGAACCAUUAGCGACGUUGUGAUGCAAAUACGCUACACAGCCAAGAACGGCGGCGAAACCCUUGCGCGAGCCGCCUCUAUAGGCAACCGAGAUAUCAUGGAAGGAGCCGCAAAGGCUUCGCAGAAAAAGCCCAUGUCCCUUCUAUUGGACGUCCGCAGUGACUACGCUGACGCCUGGUACUCAUGUACCGCAGCUCCUGAUCGCGCUCAUAAAGAUAGACGAGUUAUGUCCAUCCCAAAUAUCAAGAGUCGACUCCCGUUCUUGGCCAGGGGCCGCAAGGUCACCAUCAAAUCUGCCACAGUUUAUGUUACCGGUCCUGAUUUAAGCAAAUACAGAUUCUACAUCUCAAAAACAAAAGAUCGGCCAGACACAGGUGCUGUGCUUGGCUAUGACGACAAGCUAGGAGAUCUUCAAUUGUUCUCAUCUCCAGAAAAUGGGAGCGGGCUUGAUGCUAUGUGCAGCAACGACAACAACAGCCCGCCAUGGUAUCUCACCAUGGCUACAACCGACGGGGGAGACGCUGGGUUGGUGCCAACGAACAUGUUACUUGUUGUUGACUACGCACUCUCGUCUUAG